AGAGUGACGGACUGCAACGUACGGUAUGUGCGCAGUCCUCAUCUCAUGUCGUCGCAUCUUUACCCGCAGAGCAUCGAGGGUCGAGACAUUUUGGACUCCGAUCCGAACGUCAAUCCGAGCUACUGGAAUUACAAUUUCGUUCUUCUGCCGUAUUGCACGAGCGACUUGUGGAUUGGAAAUUCGACUUGGAACGAGUCCGAGGCAGAGAAAGCGCGCGCACCGUUUCAGUUCGACUUCCACUCGAAAACAAAUCAGUUCGCGUUUCGAGGAUCGGCAGUGUUCAGAGCGGCAAUCAGAGAGUUGUUGCUUUACCACGAUCUUUCAGCUGCUGAGGACGUUGUAUUGGCUGGUAGCAGUGCAGGUGGAAUCGGUGUCAUUAACCAAGCCGGCUGGCUCAGAAGACACCUAUCAUCUUCAACAUCACUCUCGGCUAUCAUAGAUUCUGCUUGGUUCGUCAACUUUAACAACAAACUCGUUGAGAAGUUUAAUUUGGAAUUUUCCGUGAAGGAAAUUAAAAUCCUGUCACAUCCACCUUGCAAUGACUUCUCCACCUUAGGUUUUCCGUGUUGUAUCUCUGCGCAGUGUAUGUUAUCUAAAGACCGAUUGCUCCGUCAGUCUGACGACUUUCCAGACAUACCCAUGUUUGUGAUAUUCAGUUUGUAUGAUCUGUUUAUCUUGUCUGAUUCUGUACGAGAUUUUGAGAAUCAUACGUCUGAUGUACAACAUUUGGAAACGUUCAGAACUGUGACCGAGUACGGAGGAGCGAUGAAUGUGAGUCUGGAAAACAGCAGAGCUGGUGCUCCGAAGAUGAGCUAUUUUGUGCCGUCCUGUUUGCAACACGUAUAUUUGGCAACGUCUAGUUUGAGAGACAGGAACGGCAUGCUGGACUCAAACUUCGAUUCAUCUAACUAUGAUGGAGUAGGCAAUGGAGACACAGCCUUGUUCAAGUUUAUGAUCCGGCCUGAUACUUGGUCAAAAAUUUAUGUGAAGUCACAAAGGGGUAUGAAUGAAAGAAGUAUCCAGUGCGCGAUUCACGAAUGGAAUAGGCGCAUUCGCAACACAACACUUAAUCUGUCAUUGUCUCACGACCCCGUUCGUCAUAUUGAUACUUGUUUUGGAGCGCGUUGUAAUGGUCAAUGUCCGGAAGUUGUCCGCUUAGGAGUGUUUGGAGACACCUGGGUGGAAGAAGUGCAGUAUUUCAUAACUGGCCUGAUACUUUUCGUUACAUUUGUGUGCGUAUUAUAUAAAUUGGUAAUGAUUUGGAGGAAAGUGGAUAUGCUUCAAUGUUACCACAUGUUCAUUGAGCAUGAGAAACAGAAAACUGCUCAUGAGAAUGAAGGGAUGCCGCACUGUUCGCCUCAAGAAGCUGUCGGCGUUGCUUGUCUAAAUCUUCGCUAUUCAAUUAGCCUUUCUAAGGAAGCUCUAGCUGAAACAAAGAAAACACAACAGAGGAAGAUCGCGGAAGAGGAAGAAUCACGCGCACUGCUGGGACUAACUGGGAGUAACCACAACACAUUAGAGAGCAAAAAGAAACAAGAAGACAGUGCUUCCUCUAUAACCGAAGAAACAAAGACAACUUUGAAGCAACUGUUCUGUUGCUGUGGAAAAAAGCUUAAACUGCCGCAGUCACCAUCAAGCCAACGGUUGAACCCAACAAAAGAAAAAGACAACAUGGAGAUGAGUGUGAAGGAGAGAAGACAAAAGGAGCUGGAGUCACUAGAGAAGAAGUCAUCUCAAGUAGAGUUUUCAUUUCCGAGCCUUUGGGCAAAAGAAAUGGCCAACAGUGCACAAGAAUCUCGGGUAAUCACAGACCUGGAGAAAUUCGAGAAACGCGAUUCUGUUCAAGUGUCGUCUACGGCUGUAGAUGCUACUUUGGUAGAGUCUACAGACUCGGCGACCGAGAAGACAAUUCUGCACGAUAUUUCUGCUUACUUUAAUCCAGGAGAGUUGGUCGCUAUCAUGGGACCCUCAGGCAGCGGCAAGACGACACUGCUUGACCUUCUGACGGGAAGGAGAAAAACAGGAAAUCAGACGGGCAACGUUUUUAUCAAUGGUCUUCCAUUUCAACGCCUGCGAGAGUGGUAUGUAAGACACACAGGCUACGUCCUACAACUGGCUGUUCCCUACUACGAGGAGCUAACAGUUCAACAAAACUUGUGGCUCUCGGCCUUCAUUAGGCUGCCCAAGUCGCUAUCACAACUACAACGGUUUAGGCGAGUGAAAGAAGUUAUUGAGGAGACUGGUCUUUCAGCUGUAAAGGACACCGUUGUGGGUGGAUCAACUGGUCCUGGACUAAGUGGAGGACAGAAACGACGUCUAGCGGUUGCCAUACAAUUGCUAAGUAUGCCAAAAGUGAUCUUUCUGGAUGAACCAACGUCUGGUUUGGAUGCCUCUUCCUCUAUGGAGCUGCUGCAGCACUUGAGAUACGUGGCAAUGAGCGGACGCUUGGUUAUAAUGACCAUACAUCAGCCACGAGUGGAGAUAUUUCAUAUUUUCGACCGCAUUCUGUUUCUCUGCCAAGGAGAGGUUGCGUAUUAUGGGUCUCCCAUUGAAGCUCCAGGACUUUUCUUGAAGGCGUACCAAGUGGCGAGGCUAGAAGGCGAAGCGCCUGUUCUUGGUGAAGGCAACAAUCCGGCCGAUAUCAUCAUGGACAUGUUGGGCAGCAGAAGUCACCGCGCUGCUAUACUCAACUACUACAAGACGACGACGGAAACGAAGUCGGUAAAGAAUGCCAUCGAGCUGGCAAAGAAUACCAUCGAGCAGGCUAAACGAGAUGAUGCAGAAAAAGAAGACAAAAACAAAAAUGUGCAUUCAGAGAGUGGCAGUAUGAAUCGUUUUUUCGCAAUGGAAACGAGAGCUGAGAUGAGAGCCAGUUUGGCACAGAGUCUCUAUUUGCCUGUCAUCUUUCUACUGUUUGCUCUUGUAGCAGGACUUGCCUACCUUCAAGCUGACUCGAUGCUGUUGAUUAUGGCCGCGUUUUCUAUUCACACAUUUGCCAGUUCCAUCUUCAUGUUUCCAGCCAUCUAUUUCCACCUUUCGAAGGGCCUCGAGAUGCAUCGCAUGGAGAGAGCUGACGGCGUUGGAAAGUCCAUCGAAGUUCUUUCCCAGACGUUUUUUAGAUACGUGGCCAUAUCGUUUCUUCCACUCGUAGGCAGCUCACUUAUCGUGUGUUUAAUGGUGCUGCAAUCUCAGUUUUGGACACUCAAAGCGUUCUUUUACGUUAUCAUCAUUACUCUUGCUCUGAAUCAGACGUGGACGUCUGCAGCUAUGAUGCUCAUAUGUCUCUUCCCGGUCAAUUCGCAUAAGAUAUCGCCGUUGGUGUCUUGUGCUGCAGGAUUUGCUGCCGGAUUUCUCAUACCGCCUUCAGAAAUGAAGAUCUAUUUCAGGUGGCUGCUGUACAUCAAUCCCAACUACUAUGGGUACAGCAGCAUGAUGCGUCUACUUUUGCCUGAUAUCGAGACGGGAUGCAAUUUUCAGUCAACAAUAGAAUGUUAUCCCAACACGGGAAAGUUUUGGCUUGAAGAUUUCGGACUGCAUGACAUCGAACCGUUCUUGCACUUGAUGAUAUUGCUGAUAAUGACAGGAGUUGCAUUUAUUGCAGCUUGGUUGGCGCUAGAGUUUCAGCUCUCCCCAAUCACAUUAAAGCAGCUUUUCUUACGAAUGUUUUGCGUUAGAGAAGGUGAAAGGGAUGCAGGAGAUGACGAUGGUGAGUGGAGUGACGUUGAUGAGAACGAAGAAGCAGCAGGUGGCUCUGUCAAAGACGUUCAUAAAGGCAUAUCAAGAAAUCGCAAAGCUCAACGAGGUCACAAGCGGGGAAGGAAAUAUUCAGACGCAGAGGAUCCAUCAGCGCCGAUGUCGACGCACUCAACCCUUGUACCAACCGGAGACCACACCAUAUUCUCACCAUCCGCCGCCACAACUUCCGACACCGACCAUCACCUUACAUUCUGCCGCAUGUCCGUUCGAGAUCGACGCCGCGAAAUAGCCGUCGCAUCGCAGCAAAAGCGGAUCAGCAUGUUGUCGACCAUUUCAACAUUCGAGCAAAUGCAUCGUCGGCUAGAAAAGAACGUGACCGAUGUCAACGCUAUGAAACACGUCGUUCCUAUUGAGAGACUCGCAAGACGAGUCGCAGUUACAGCAGAUGUUGCACUGAAGGAGGAAGAAGAAGAGGACGACGAGCCAAAAGUUGAGUAUGAAAACUUGAAAUAGACGAAAAAAUAUUAUCUAUGAGAGUAUUGAUGUAGGUCGAUCUUGCAUGUUUUUAAAAUUGGAAUAGGAGGCUGAAUUAGGAUUACAAACGUAUUAUACCUAUUUCAAUUUUUUAAUAUUAUUGGUGGAGAUUAGAAUCAAGUGUGUAGCUAGACAAUAUUGUGCCUAUUGUACAAGUAGAUAGUAAGUAUUUGA